AUGGAGACUAAGGUGAAGGGUGGGGGGAAGUACUCUAAGAGCUCUACGGUCAGAAAUAAAGAAAUCAGAGAUAAAGAAAUCAGAGAUAAAGAAAUCAGAGAUAAAGAAAUCAGAGAUAAAGAAAUCAGAGAUAAAGAAAUCAGAGAUAAAGAAGUCAGAGAUAAAGAAAUCAGAGAUAAAGAAAUCAGAGAUAAAGAAAUCAGAGAUAAAGAAAUCAGAGAUAAAGAAAUCAGAGAUAAAGAAAUCAGAGAUAAAGAAGUCAGAGAUAAAGAAGUCAGAGAUAAAGAAAUCAGAGAUAAAGAAAUCAGAGAUAAAGAAAUCAGAGAUAAAGAAGUCAGUGAUAAAGAAGUCAGAGAUAAAGAAAUCAGAGAUAAAGAAGUCAGAGAUAAAGAAAUCAGAGAUAAAGAAGUCAGAGAUAAAGAAAUCAGAGAUAAAGAAGUCAGAGAUAAAGAAAUCAGAGAUAAAGAAAUCAGAGAUAAAGAAGUCAGAGAUAAAGAAAUCAGAGAUAAAAAAGUCAGAGAUAAAGAAAUCAGAGAUAAAGAAGUCAGAGAUAAAGAAAUCAGAGAUAAAGAAAUCAGAGAUAAAGAAGUCAGAGAUAAAGAAGUCAGUGAUAAAGAAGUCAUAGAUAAAGAAAUCAGAGAUAAAGAAGUCAGAGAUAAAGAAAUCAGAGAUAAAGAAAUCAGAGAUAAAGAAGUCAGAGAUAAAGAAGUCAGUGAUAAAGAAGUCAGAGAUAAAGAAAUCAGAGAUAAAGAAGUCAGAGAUAAAGAAAUCAGAGAUAAAGAAAUCAGAGAUAAAGAAGUCAGUGAUAAAGAAGUCAGAGAUAAAGAAAUCAGAGAUAAAGAAGUCAGAGAUAAAGAAAUCAGAGAUAAAGAAGUCAGAGAUAAAGAAAUCAGAGAUAAAGAAGUCAGAGAUAAAGAAAUCAGAGAUAAAGAAAUCAGAGAUAAAGAAGUCAGAGAUAAAGAAAUCAGAGAUAAAAAAGUCAGAGAUAAAGAAAUCAGAGAUAAAGAAGUCAGAGAUAAAGAAAUCAGAGAUAAAGAAAUCAGAGAUAAAGAAGUCAGAGAUAAAGAAGUCAGUGAUAAAGAAGUCAUAGAUAAAGAAGUCAGUGAUAAAGAAGUCAUAGAUAAAGAAGUCAGAGAUAAAGAAAUCAGAGAUAAAGAAAUCAGAGAUAAAGAAAUCAGAGAUAAAGAAGUCAGAGAUAAAGAAGUCAGAGAUAAAGAAGUCAGAGAAAAAGAAAUCAGAGAUAAAGAAGUCAGAGAUAAAGAAGUCAGAGAUAAAGAAGACAUUGUGAAUGUGUUUCGUUAUGUUAGUUCACCAUUUCAGACAUGGAAGCCAAUGUAUCAAUAA